CGCGGUCCGCCGACUCCCGUCAUGGGCCCUGCAGCAGGCUCGGUGACGGCGCGCUACCUCGUGUACUUCCAGUACUUGGGCACGGACUUUAACGGGGUCGCGGCCAUCAGAGGCUGCCAGCGCGCCGUCGGGGUCCAGAACUACCUGGAGGAGGCUGCAAAGCGGCUGAAUUCGGUGGUGCCGGUCAAGUUCACUAUCUCCAGCCGCACGGAUGCCGGGGUCCACGCCCUGUGCAACGCGGCUCACCUGGACGUCCAGCGCCGCUCAGGCCAGCCCCCCUUCUCCCCAGAGGUCCUGGCAGAAGCUCUCAACGCCCACCUGAAGCACCCGGCCAUCCGGAUAGUGCAGGCUUUCCGAGUACCCGGUGACUUCCAUGCCCGCCAUGCAGCCACAUCCAGGACCUACUUGUACCGCCUGGUCACGGGCUGCCACCGGCCUGACCAGCUGUCAGUGUUUGAACGAAACCGAUGCUGGGCACUGCGGGCAGGCUGCUUGGAUGUGGAUGCCAUGCAGGCGGCUGCCCAGCACCUCCUUGGGACACAUGACUUCAGUGCCUUCCAGUCAGCUGGCAGCCCAGCCACUGGCUCAGUGCGCACGCUGCGCCGAGCCUCCGUGUCCCCUGACCCAGGCAGCCCCUUUGUCCUCGCCCAGGAGAACAGGUUGCAGUUCUGGAACCUGGAGUUUGAGAGCCAGUCUUUCCUGUACAGACAGGUGCGGAGAAUGACAUCUGUGCUGGUGGCUGUGGGGCUGGGGGCUUUGAUGCCUGCUCAGGUUAAGGUGAUCCUGGAAAGCCGGGACCCCCUGGGCAGGCACCAGGCACGUGUGGCCCCAGCCCAUGGCUUAUUCCUCAAGUCAGUGCUAUACGGGAGCCUCGGUAAGAGUUCGCUGCCUGGAAAGGUGCCUGCAUGCAUCCCACUGAUUGAUCCCUCCUCCUAA